CUCAUGUCUGACGUCUGCAGUCAUCGUGGCUCAGCGCAAAGACGUCCAAAAUGAAAACCUUCAAAGACAGCUUCCUCAAUUGCUCGGCUUGUCGAGCGCGACUGCUCAGACAAGGCCCAAAAAGCCCCCCGUCGCGCUCCUUCCCUCGCAGAGCAUACACCCGUCCCGCCUUCGCACCGAAGCCCGCCCUCGACAUCAAGCAUAUCCGCCAGAAUCCAGGGCUCUACGCGCAAAACUGCAUAGACAGGAACUAUGCCGCACACAAGGACUCACCCUGGAAGAUUGUCGAGCUACACGAACAGUGGCUCGCCCUGCAGCAGAGCGCCAGGAAGACGCGGGAGCGCAACAACCAGGUGCGGAGGAGAUUGGCCGACGCAGCCGGGCGCAGUGGGGAUGCGGAGGGAGAUAUAAGGCUGACGGACGAUAAAGAUGCGCUGCUGAGUGAAGCAAAGGCGCUCAAGGCCGAGCUGAGCGUCAUUGAAGAGAAGGAAGCGGUGCUCCAGGAAGAAAUGGAGAAGCUGGCGCAGGACCUACCGAACCUCAGUAGUACGGCGACACCUUUGGGAAGCGAAGCUCAGAUCCUCGAGUACAUCAAUGACCACCCGGAGCCGAAGCCUGACAGCUCCGACCGUGUGUGGAGGUCACAUGUGCAUAUCGGCUCAGAACUGGGCAUCCUGGACUUCGCAGGCGCCGCGCAGACGUCUGGCUGGGGAUGGUACUAUCUCAUCGGGGAGGGCGCCAUGCUGGAGCAAGCCCUGAUUCAGUACGCUCUUAGCGUUGCAAGAAAGAGAGGCUGGAGAACUGUCUCACCGCCUACGCUCGUCUACUCCCACAUAGCCUCAGCAUGUGGCUUCCAGCCCAGAGACCAGCACGGCGAACAGCAAGUCUACGCCAUCGAGCAAGCCGAAAAGGACAAAGCGAAACCUCCCCUGGUCCUCGCUGGAACUGCCGAAAUCCCUCUCGCCGGCAUGAAAGCGAACCACACGUUCGAGGACUCCGACCUCCCCCUCAAGACCGUCGGCGUAAGUCGCUGCUACCGCGCCGAAGCAGGCGCCCGCGGCGUCGACACCAAAGGUCUCUACCGCGUGCAUGAAUUCACAAAAGUGGAGCUGUUCGCGUGGACACUACCAGACAGUAAUGAUGAGGAGCACUUCGACACCACCUCCCAACAAUCCAGCUCAGACGCCAUCUUCGACGAGAUGCUCUCCAUCCAGAAGGAAAUCCUCCAAUCCCUCGGCCUCCACUGCCGCGUCCUCGAAAUGCCGACCCAGGAUCUCGGCGCCAGCGCCACCAGGAAACGCGACAUAGAAGCGUACUUCCCCUCUCGUCGGGAGAAAGAGGACGGCUGGGGCGAAGUCACGUCCGCCUCCAUCUGCACCGACUACCAGACGCGCCGGCUGCAUACGCGCGUAAAGCUGGAGAAGGCUGGGCGGAAGCUGGAUUUCCCGUAUACGCUGAAUGGGACAGCGUUGGCGGUGCCGAGGGUGUUGGCGGCGAUUCUGGAGAACCAUUGGGAUGAAGAUCAUGCUACGGUGACGGUUCCGGAGGUGUUGAGGCCGUUCAUGGGCGGGUUGGAGGUGAUUAGGGGGCACAAUUACGCAACGGAAGAGUAGAAGGGCAAUGUGUGCUCAGAUGUCGGCUUCUCGCAUGUAGUUGUAUAGUAUUGUAACUCUAAAAUGGAGCCUUCUUC